AUGGAGUUCCCGUGCAGAAGGAUGGGGAACAGCAUGGCCGAACAGACUUUUCAUGGGAUGGAAUCAAUUUGUCCAUGGAGGACACAACCUCAAUCCUCCCUCGACUGAAGAAGAGGAACUCCAAUGCCUAUGGAAUCGGCGCUCUGGCUAAGUCCUCUCUGACAGGUGUGUCAGGAGUGUCUCGCUCUAUGAAGGACAAGGUGACGAAGCCGACAGCGAUGGCCCAGGGGCGUGUGGCCCAUAUGAUUGAGUGGCAGAGCUGGGGCAUGCAGACAGUGGGCGCGGGGGGCAGCGGAGCGGGACGCACCUCCAGUCUGCACCUCCAACAAGAGCGCAAGCUGGAGAAUGAUGCAUACAGUGACCUCAGUGAUGGAGAGAAGGAGGCUCGCUUCGCUGCAGGUGUGCUUCAGCAGUUUGCGAUCUCUGAAGCAACGCUUCUGGCCUGGAGCUCUAUGGACGGCGAGAGCACAAGUGUUGGAUCAAAUCAGGGAAGCAUAGCCCACCUGAGCGAGGCCAACCAGGAAAGCAUCACAAGUCGAGACCAGAUAGUGCACCAUUCUUCUGCAGAGGUGUGGCCUCACAAUUACGUCUCCCAAGGUCUUUAUUGCCUUUCUUCCUCUGACGCUUGGGAGCCAAUUAGUAAUGAACAGUCAGGUGUGGCCUCUCCUGCCACCGGUUCAUAUGUCAUGGCUGUCGGGACUGAGGGAGGAUAUGACCCAAAUACAGCAGCUCAGUUCCUCUCACAGCAGCAGCAGCAGCAGCAGUAUCAGAACCAGUUCCAUCAGAUCCAGCACCUGCACCAGAUCCAUCAAUACCAGCAGCAACAGCUCCUGCAGUAUCAACAACAGCAACAGGUGAGUGAGAAAACUACAACUCCCAUAACCCCCCGUAACAACAACAGGCGCUUUACAGGUGAGCCAUAAAACUAC